UUUUUUUUAUCUGACGUCCUCAUUCCUUUCGUCCUGUUGUUAUACAGAAAAGAAAAGGAAUCCUACAUCGGACGCGAUUCUAGACAGCAACCUGUAAUCGCUGCAUCUCUUGAUAUCUUCGCCAAACACAAAAAGCAUUGAGAUUUUUCCUCUUUCCGUGAAACACCGCAAAUAUGGCCGACGGUUUGAAGAUGGGAAACCUUUCCCUUAACGAGUCUCAGCAUGCGCCCGCUGCUCCCGCCAACACGGGUCGCGCUGCCUACAUCCCUCCUCACCUUCGUGGACGCCCGAUGGGUGCGAACAUGGACGGCGCUCCGGCUCCGGCUCCGGCUCCUGCUGCUGCUGCUGCCGCCGCCGCCGCCGCUCCUCCUCCUGGUCCCGCUGCUAACAACUCCUGGGGUAACAGAGGAGGCCCUCGUGGUGGAAACUGGGCUAACGCUAACGCUCCUGACUUCAGCCCUCGCGGUCCUUCCAAUGGUAACCCUAACUGGACAUCCCAAGACGGUCAACGCCGGCCUUUUAACCCAGAUGCUUACGGAAACCCAGGACAUGGAGGCUCCUAUGGCGGUAGCUCCGGUGGCUCUGCCCGCGGCUCCGGAGAUGGCCAGUGGCGCGACGGCAAGCACAUCCCCGGCCCAGCCAACCCCCGCUUGGAGCGUGAACUGUUCGGUGUUCCCAACGAUCCCACCAAGCAGAACACCGGUAUCAACUUCGCCAACUACGAUGACAUCCCCGUGGAGGCCUCCGGCCACGACGUUCCCGAGCCUGUCAACACCUUCACGAACCCUCCUUUGGAUGACCACCUGAUUGCCAACAUCAAGCUGGCCUACUACCAGACCCCUACUCCCGUCCAGAAGUACUCCAUCCCCAUCGUCAUGAACGGCCGCGACUUGAUGGCUUGCGCUCAGACUGGUUCCGGAAAGACUGGUGGUUUCCUCUUCCCUAUCCUGUCUCAGGCUUUCCAGCACGGUCCCUCUGCGGCUCCCGCCCAGGCCUCCGGUCAGUUCAGCUAUGGCCGUCAGCGUAAGGCUUACCCCACUUCCCUCAUCCUGGCUCCUACCCGUGAGCUUGUCUCCCAGAUUUUCGAUGAAGCCCGCAAGUUCGCCUACCGUUCUUGGGUCCGCCCUUGCGUUGUCUACGGUGGUGCCGACAUCGGUUCUCAGCUCCGUCAGAUCGAGCGUGGCUGUGAUCUGCUCGUGGCCACCCCCGGUCGUCUGGUCGAUCUGAUUGAGCGUGGCCGUAUCUCCCUUGUCAACAUCAAGUACCUCAUUCUUGAUGAGGCUGAUCGCAUGCUGGACAUGGGUUUCGAGCCCCAGAUUCGCCGUAUCGUCGAGGGCGAGGAUAUGCCUCACGUCAACGAUCGUCAGACUCUGAUGUUUUCUGCCACCUUCCCCCGUGACAUCCAGAUGCUGGCCCGUGAUUUCCUGAAGGACUACGUCUUCUUGUCCGUUGGUCGUGUUGGUUCCACCUCCGAGAACAUCACCCAGAAGGUCGAAUACGUUGAGGACCACGACAAGCGCUCCGUCCUGCUCGAUAUCCUCCACACCCACGGCACCAGCGGUCUCACUCUGAUUUUCGUUGAGACCAAGCGCAUGGCCGAUUCUUUGUCCGAUUUCCUGCUCAACCAGCGCUUCCCCGCCACUGCUAUCCACGGUGACCGCACCCAGCGUGAGCGUGAGCGUGCCCUGGAGAUGUUCCGCUCCGGCCGUUGCCCCAUCCUUGUUGCUACUGCCGUUGCUGCUCGUGGUCUUGAUAUUCCCAACGUCACCCACGUUAUCAACUACGAUCUGCCCACCGACAUUGACGACUAUGUUCACCGUAUCGGUCGUACUGGUCGUGCCGGUAACACUGGUAUCGCCACUGCCUUCUUCAACCGUGGCAACCGUGGUGUCGUCCGUGACCUCAUCGAUCUGCUCAAGGAAGCUCACCAGGAGGUUCCCUCCUUCCUUGAGAGCAUUGCUCGUGAGGGCAGCGGAUACGGUGGCCGUGGCGGUCGCGGCGGUCGCGGCCGUGGUACCAACGCUACCCGUGACAUGCGUCGCAUGGGCGGCGGUGGCGGUAUGGGCGGCGGCGGCGGCUCUUUCGGUGGUAGCGGUGGCAGCUACGGUGCCCCUGGCGGUGGCUACGGCGGUGGUGGCAGCUUCGGCGGUCCUCCCUCCUAUGGCGGCGGCGGUGGUGGUGGCGGCUACGGCGGCUACAGCGGCGGCGGCGGUGGCGGUGGUGGUAGCUACGGAAACCCUUCGGGCCCUACUGGACCUUCGUCCUGGUGGUAA